CAUUUAGUACCCAUUACUUUCAAAUAGAAUCAUAUUUUUGUUAAAUCACUUUUAAAAGGUGUUUGAAGAGUUAAUACUUUCGAUCUGCUACGUUAGUUUAUCACUUUGUAAGCAGCGCGAUUAUUCCGUUAGUAGUUAUUCAUAGUUCCAAACAUUAAUUUGUAUCAGUGAUACAAUGUAUUAAUUAGUAGCACGUAGAACGUGUUGUAAUAAGUCACAUAUUAAAAAAAUUUUGUAGAAAUAAUUCUUUUCUUGUAUGAUUUUAACGGUACAACAAAAAGAGUAUUAUAAAGGUUAGAUAUAUCGAAGAAGUGCCGUCGAGGUAAAAUUCAAUGCAAGUGCAAUAAAACAGUUAUCAAGUUUACUUGCAGGUAAUAAAAGUUAACGCAAAAUGGAGAGUAGUAAAGUGGAUGAGGAAAAUCAACGUAGUAUUAAUGAUGGAGAUUGGAUUUGUCCUGAUUCUCAAUGUGCCAAUGUAAAUUUUGCAAGACGAAAUUCUUGUAAUCGAUGCGGAAAAGACAGAGGAGAAUGCCCAAAGAAAAAAAAGUUGGGACAAGAAAUUGGGAAAGCAGCUGCUGAGAAAAGUAGAGGACUAUUCAGUGCUGAUGAUUGGCAAUGCAGUAAAUGUGGAAAUGUAAAUUGGGCGCGACGGCAGCAGUGCAACAUGUGUAAUGCACCAAAAUUUGGAGAAAUUGAAGAACGUACAGGGUAUGGUGGGGGGUAUAAUGACCGAGGAGUUGUUGAAUAUAAAGAAAGAAGAGAUGACGAUGACGAAUAUGACGAAUUUGGACGGCGUAGGAAGAAACGGAGGAUUGAGAAUCGUUCAGACGAUGAUUCCAAAGAUUCUAGGUAUAGCAGUCCACCCCGUAACAAAUCUAAAGAUGAGGACGAAAGAAAUGAAGUACAGAAUGAUGAAGACCAAAAUGAAGAAAACGAUGAAGAUGAAGAGGAAGAAGAUGAUGAAGAGGACGGUGAUCUGUCCAAAUAUGAUCUUAGUGAAUGGGAUGAUUUUGCAGUUAAAAAAAAUACAAAUGGGAGCACUGCUUCUUCGGAAGAGCAACAAUCAAGAGACAGAGAUGACUGGCGUGAUUCGGGAACAUCCAGUCAAUGAGAAUCUGCACAGAAGGAAAGGUUUGACUUGGGUUUCGGGUAUAAAAUUGAUUAUGACAGUGAAAUAUGAUUUUAAUUAUUUUAAAUUGUUGUUACUUUUCGCUGUAUCCCUUUAAAAAGUGUAUUAUCAUAUUCUAUCAUAGUUUAGUAGAUGUUAGAUUAUAACAUGGUCAAAAAGGAAGAUGUAGUGUUAAGCAAAUCUAAAGAAAUUACAAUAUAAUGCUUGUUAAAUAAAUGGCUUUUUACAGGUGAGAGAAAAUCCCGAGAGCGACAUUUGCUCGACAAUUAAGAGAUACACAACGCAACAAAUUUAGUGAUUUAGUGAGCACCUUUGGAUAAAGUGAUGAACAAUGUACGACUUAUUGCAAAGGGAAUCGAUUAACGAUAAGCUUUACAUUUUGUGACUGAACUCAUAGCUUUGUUGGCUGUAUGGAUGGAGAGUGAAAUGUAGGUUAUUUGUUCACGCAAUAUUUGUCAUAAUAUUGCGUAGUAAUGCGAAAAUUCAUAAAACACUUGGCAUAGAUAAAAUAUUUCGCUAGUAAAAAGAAAACAAAGAAACGAAUGAAAUGUGUAAUUCGAUGAAUAACGCGUUACACGACUCGUUGUAAAAGUUGAAUUACGAAUUCGUAAAAAGAAUCUUAUUUCUAACUGAAAAUAUAAAAUCUUGCGAAAGCUCUCUAUCAUGUUACACUUUUAGAAGUACUGUUACGUUAUCACAAAACGUCCGACGUUCUUGAAGCCACGUCACGAUUCACUUAAAUAUUGCUGCUUCAGAAAAGAUUCUCUUUUUUUUUUACAGUUUUUCCUCGCCUCGUUCACUAUUUCUCUUCCUUUUCAUCCGUACCACUUAACAUUUAAAAUAAACGUAAAUGUAGUAUUAAAGAAUCAUUCCCUAAUGAAUAUAGAUAUGUAUUGAUGUCUUCGGAAUGAAGAGAAAAAGGAUACAUUUUCUUGCUUUGACUAUCACAGAUCCGAGUAAGCUGGAAGCAGCCUGCUUUAAUUGAAAUCAUGACAUGAAGUUACUAUGUCUAAAGCCCGUACGUUUAUCGACAGGC